AUGUCAUAUCACCAAGCUUCUCGCCAACCGCAAGGCACUAGCAGCUCCCCAGGCAGGUCCAGUCCGUUGCGCUAUACGGCAUCAAACGCAUCCACCAACUCUUCCGCCUACUCUUCGUCCUCCAACCCUUUUCUUCCAAGUCGCACAAGCACCAUGUCUUCAAACGCAUCGAGUGUAAAUCAAAAUCAUGGCGCGGGCCACAAAAGGGGGAUCAGCGAGACGUCCCCAACCCGGCCUUCAACGAGAGAAGGUAUCAAACAGCCCGAGCUUACGGGAGCAGGAGGAUACAAGGGCGUUAGACAGUCGCUCAGACCAUUGCCACAGGCCCCAAAUUCGUCUCCUCCUGCGCCUGUACUGAAGCCGUAUCAGUCGCAUCCGUAUGCCCAAGGCCCCACUGAGCCGCCAAAAUAUCACUACGAUGGACCCGCCUACUCGUCUCCGGCAGCUGCAUCACAACUUGGCCGAGCGAAUUCUACAAUGCUAGGUCGAACUGGGUCUGUAACGCCCAUGACAUCUGGUGCUCAGAGACAUAAGCACACGAGUUCAAGUCCUCACGGGCCGAAUCUCACCUCGCCAGAAUUAUAUACUCUCAAAAAUUCCUCCACAAGCCACCUGAGGACGCUAUCCAAGUUUGCUCAAAACGGAUCAAGUGAGGAGUUUCCCAUUACAUCACCUGCAGUUGCUGGUUUAUCGGGUCGCAGACAAUUGAAAAGAACCGACUCUACAAGGGCAACAAAGAGCUCCGGAACAGCCAGCAGCGCUAGAGGGUCGGCUUGGUCAGAGAGCAACUGGAUGGAAAAGCAAAGACAGUUUUUGCAGGCCUACGAGUACCUUUGCCAUAUAGGAGAAGCCAAGGAAUGGAUAGAGGACAUCAUACAUCAGCAAUUACCCCCAAUUGUGCGGCUAGAGGAAGCCUUAAGAGACGGAGUCACGUUAGCGGAGAUCGUGCAAGCCUUCUAUCCUGAUCAGCCGAUACGAAUAUUCCGUAAUCCCAAGCUCCAAUUUCGUCACUCCGACAACAUCGCCCUUUUCUUCAAUUUUUUGGCUGACAUGGAACUUCCUGAACUUUUUCGGUUCGAGCUGAUCGACCUUUAUGAGAAGAAAAACAUCCCAAAAGUCAUCUAUUGCAUACAUGCUCUAUCUUGGCUGCUAUUUCGUAAAGGCAUUGUGGACUUUCGGAUUGGCAAUUUGGUCGGUCAACUCGAAUUUGAGCAUCACGAACUAGAGGCGAUGCAGAAAGGUUUAGACAAAGCAGGUAUAAGUAUGCCUAGUUUCUCUGGGAUGGGAGCAAGCUUUGGCGCAGAGCCAGAACCAGAGCCAGUACCCGAGCCUGAGCCUGUCGAAUCAGAAGAGGAGAGGGUAGCAAGAGAACUUGGAGAGCACGAAAUCACAAUUGUGGACUUGCAAUCACAGAUCAGAGGGGUUGUCAUCCGUAUGGGUCUUGGAGACACUAUGCAAGGCUUAUGGGACGCGGAAGAGAAGCUUGUCGAUUUGCAGUCAAUCAUAAGAGGCAAAUGGGCCCGAGAGAUUGCCGAGUACCGUUUGAGCAUGAAGCGUUUCGCCAUCAAUCUUCAGAGUGCUGCUCGAGGUUUCCUUGCACGAAGUAGGCAACGUGGCAAAGAAGAAUGGUGGAGAGGUAGAGAGUCUGAGGUUCUAAACCUGCAGAGUCUGAUGCGAGCGCGGAAAGCCAGGGUCGAGACACAGCAACUGAAGAUACGCGCAAGAAGGGAAGAAUCUGGCGUUCGAUUUUUGCAGGCAGCAAUACGAGGCGCACUUCAACGAAGAAUCGUCGAACGCCAAUUCGAAGAGACCAGAGGUGCUUCAGCCACCGUACACGGACUCCAAGCUGCAAUCAGAGGAAUGCUCCGACGUCGAAUUAUACAGGACGAACAGUAUAAUAUUCAACGGGCGCAGAAAGCAAUCACAACAUUGCAAGCAGCAGCACGAGCAGCCAACCAAAGGCAGCACCUGGCACAACAAGCUCAAGCUCUUGAGAGAUCGCAGCAUGCGAUCACAACAUUGCAAGCAGCAGCACGAGCGGCUAAUCAAAGACAACAUCUAGGACGACAAGCGAGAGCUCUGGAGGACCAGAACGAGUCCUGGUGCUCGUUACAAUCACACUCAAGAGCAGUGCUCGUUCGGAAACAGCUCCAGACGACUAGAAACGAGCUGUCCAUCCAAAAUGAACCGAUCACGACAAUCCUAGCCGUUGCACGUGGGAAUCGCGUACGGCAGGACAUGCUUUGGAUCAAAUGCUCGCUCAGCAAUGCAGAGCAGGACAUCGUGGCUCUUCAGGCUGCAGCUCGAGGCUGUUUAUUGCGUCGAAGACACAUGGCUGAUCUCCGAGCCUUGGGAAGCCACGCCUUCGAGAUCAUCUCUUUCCAAGCUCACCUCCGGGGUCGACAUCUCAGACAACUCCAGUCCCGUCUCCGUCAGGACCUCUUUUCAAAUUUGUCAGAAAUCAUACAGCUUCAGGCACUGUCUCAAGGACUAUUGAUCAGAUCGGAUCUCGGCUACCUGCUCAGUCAGCUAGAGGACGAAGAAGUUAGUAUAGCAGAAUUUCAGGCUGCAAUCCGAGGCAAACAGGUCCGUGAAAAGUUCGCGGAAAAGCAGCGGUUUUUCAAAGCCAAUAUGGAAAAGGUCGUCAAAGUACAGAGCUUCAUUCGUGGAAAGAUACAAGGCGAAGCUUACAAGAGUCUGACGAGUGGCACGAAUCCACCUGUUGGUACUGUUAAAGGCUUCGUGCAUCUCCUGAAUGACAGUGACUUUGACUUCGACGAAGAAGUAGAGUUCGAGCGGCUUCGAAAGACCGUUGUGCAGCAUGUGCGGCAAAAUGAGAUGGCUGAUCAGUACAUUACCCAGUUGGACAUCAAGAUCGCCCUUUUAGUAAAAAAUAAAAUCACUCUUGACGAAGUCGUCAAGCACCAAAAGCAUUUCGGCGGCGAUGCGGGAAGCCUUCUUACGAACACGGACAUUUCUUCCAAGGAUCCCUUCGAUCUCAAAGCUCUCAACAAGAACUCGAGAAGGAAGCUGGAACACUAUCAAGAGCUCUUUUUUAUAUUACAGACCCAACCUCAGUACCUUGCUCGGCUCUUUAAGAGAAUCCGAGAGCAGGCAACCGCCGAGAAGGAGUGUGAACGAGUCAAGCACUUGAUGAUGGGGCUCUUUGGCUAUGCGCAGAAAAGACGAGAAGAAUACUAUCUGGUCAAGCUCAUCUCACGAGCGAUGAAAGAAGAGAUAGACAAUUGUGCUUCCAUUCAAGAUUAUCUGAGAGGCAAUUUCUUCUGGGCGAAACUGUUUGGUGCCUACAUCAAAUCGCCACGAGAUCGCAAAUACAUGCGUGAUGUACUAUCUCCGAUUAUUAAAGACAGCAUCAUUGACAAUCCAGAACUGGAUCUCGAAAGCGAUCCGAUGCAAAUUUACCUGUCUGCGAUAGAAAAUGAGCAACUGCGCACAGGUCAGAGGAGCCAGCGAAGCCCAGAUAUACCACGCGAGCAGGCCAUACGUGAUCCAGAAACGAAACGGACAUUUAUCACUCAUCUACAAGACCUUCGAGACAUUGCUGAUCAGUUCUUUGCUGCUCUGGAGGACGGUCUACAGAGAAUGCCUUUUGGCGUGCGAUACGUCGCCCAGCAAAUGUUUCAGAAUCUUAUCUCUAGGUUUCAGCACGAAGAGCAGGGGUACAUAUUGCAGAUUGUUGGACAUUGGGUGUGGAAGGCCUAUCUCCAACCUGCCCUGACUGAACCCGAGAAGUUCGGCGUAAUUGAUCGAGGGCUGUCACAGGAGCACAAGAAGAAUGUUGGAGAAGUAUCUAAAGUGGUGGGUCAAGUCGCCACCGGCAGGCUGUUUGGUGGCGAGAAUGUCUUCCUUCAACCGCUCAACAGCUACGUUGGAGAGUCGAUUGAGCGUCUCGGCGAGAUAUGGGGCAGCUUGAUCGACGUCGCGAGCGCUGAGACCCACUUCGAUAUCGACGAAUUUAACGACCUUUAUUCACGGACGAAGCCCACCCUGUACAUUAAAAUGGCUGAUAUAUUCGCGGUUCAUCAUCUCGUUGCAGCUGAUGCGUCACAUAUUUGCCCAACGCGAGAUGAUAUCUUACAGGAAGUCAUUAGAGAGCUCGGUAGCGUCAAGAAUAACGAGAACGAGCUCAUGAACGUCAGCAAAUCUGAGAUCUCCCUCACGCUGAACCCCAAGCUGCACGAAGCUGAAGAUCCCGAUGCUGAAGUCAAAGCACUUCUCAUGGAGACCAAACGCUGUAUACUAUACGUCAUCAGGGUGCAGUCGGGAGGCGACCUCAUGGAGAUUAUGGUCAAGCCAAUUACGAUGGAAGACGAGGAUCGGUGGGAGGCACUUGUCCGGGAGGAACUUUCAGCUGGAAGUCACAAACGCGGCGCUUACGCAGAAGCCGGUACCAUCACUGACAUUGCCUCCAUGAGCUAUGCAGAGCUUAAGCGCACCGCUCUUGAGAACAUCCUCCACCUCGAGCAAUAUGGCCGUCUCACCCGCCACAACCACUACCAAGAUCUGCUCAAUGCUAUCGCAGUUGACAUACGCACAAAACAUCGCCGACGUGUUCAACGUCACAAAGAACUCGAGACUGUCAAUCUCACCCUCGCCCGCCUCAGAGACCAAGCCACGUAUCUCGAACAGCAACUCAAAAUCUAUAAUGACUACAUCGAGCAAGCCAUGGUGACUCUCCAGAAUAAGAAAGGCAAGAAACGUUUCUUGAUGCCUUUCACCAAGCAAUGGGAUCAUGAGCGUGAACUACAACGUUCCGGUCGCGUGCCAAAGUUUGGAUCCUUCAAGUACUCAGCCCAAGAUCUUGCCAAUCGUGGUAUACUCGUAUCUUGGCAAGGUUACAACGAACGUCAAUGGGACAAGAUCGACCUUACGAUCUCCAGCAACGAAGUCGGUGUCUUCAGCAUCGAAGGCAGUAAUGGACCGAUUGCGAUGCCUGGAGCUAGCGCACAAAUACCACUGGACGACCUGUUGCAAGCGCAGUUCAACAACACACAAUUCUUGGAAUUUUUCCCUGACUGUAAGGUCAGGGUGAAUGUGAAUUUGUUCUUGCAUUUGAUUAUGAGGAAGUUCUAUAAGGACAAGGACUCAUGA